AUGGCGGCGGCGUCAGUGAUGGAAGGGAAGAGAAUGGAGAAGCAGAGCGAAAAGGCGAGAGAGUAUGAAAAGGGAAGACAGAGAGCUCUGGAUUUGAAGCGGACGCUUGGGGACCCAAAUGGAAUUUAUUCUGUGAAGAAUGCCUACAGGAGUAUUAUGGGUGAUUAUGAACAUAUGCCAGGAGUAUUUGAUAAGUGGACUAGUAUAUGGAAAAUGAAGGUGCCACCAAAGUGGAGGAUUUUCCUGUGGAGAGCAAUUUGUGAUAUCCUCCCUACCACUGCUAAUUUAAUUAUUAAAAGGGUGGAUAUUGAUCCUAUAUGCCAGAAGUGUGGUGAAAUGGAUGAAGAUGUUAUGCAUGCACUUAUUACUUGUGAUUAUUCUAGAUUAGUUUGGAAUAUUACAGGCCUACCUAUCACAAAUAUUAUUACCGAUUCUUUUCAUGCCUGGCUAACAGCCGCGCUUACAAUUUUGACAGAAGAACAGAGUGGUACUAUGGUGGCGGUUCUUUAUCAUUUGUGGCAGAGUCGCAACUCAGCCGUGUGGGAGAAAUCCCUGCCUCGUCCCACCAGCCUGUGGAGGAGAACAUCCGCGGCAAUAGGGUCAUACUGCCACGCCAACCAUCACCCCGCGUUGCCAGCACCGCACGGACCGGAGCACGCCCAUCACGCCAGGCCAAGGUGUUUUGUCGAUGCAAGCUUCCGUCAUGCUACGAGGGAGGCGUACUAUGGAGCGGUUUUACUCUCGCCAGAUGGAUCGUUCAUAGCGGCGCGAAACAGAAUUCUACCAACUUGUUUCUCACCUUUUAUGGCGGAGGCCAUGGCUUGUAAGGAGGCUCUAUCAUGGCUCAUCAGAAGGAAUACGGUUGAGGUGGAUCUACUCACAGAUUGUUUGCAACUACGGAAUGCUUUACGCCAGGAGACAACAACUAUUAUGUCAUAUGCUGGACUUGCAGUCGACCAUUGUAGGUCGCUGAUGACUUCGUUUACUUAUUGUUCGUUAAGUUAUGUUUCUAGGCAGUUUAAUUUACAUGCACAUGCUUUAGCUUCGUUAGUCUUUACUCAGGAACAGGUUAGGAUCGGACAUGGGACUUAA